UGAGAUGGAAAAUGAAGAACAACCAUCCUCUGAAAAUGAUUCUCAGAAUCAGAGUGCUGAACAGAUUGCAUCAAGUUCUCAGGAGGUUGAUUUGGUUGAUCAGGAGUCUCCUGAGGAAAGUUCUCUAAACUCUCACCCAGAAUCUUUGUCUCCAGCAGAUACGGACAAUGCUGCAGCAAGCAUUUCUCCUUCUGAACAGAAUUCUAAUCCCACGGAAAACCAUGAGACUACAAGUCUUGAUGGUGAAUGUACAGAUUUAGAUAACCAACUUCAAGAACAAUCAGAAACUGAGGAGGAUUCCAAUCCUAAUGUUAGCUGGGGUAAAAAGGUCCAACCUAUAGACUCCAUAUUAGCAGACUGGAAUGAAGAUAUAGAAGCAUUUGAAAUGAUGGAGAAGGAUGAGCUCUGACUCACUAAAGUCUACCUGGUGGUAGGUAUUUCAAAAGAAAAGGUAAACUGUGGAUAAUAGAUACCCUGAUACUAAGCAGGCUCUCUCAUGGGAGGCUCUAAGUAUGGUGAUGAACAACCACGUUCUGACUGGGAGAGUUAGUUAUCAUAGGAAUCUGGAACAUGCUGUGUUAGAACUGACCUUGUUUAUAACUGUCCCAUCAAAAAUGCAAACUCACAGUUUCCCCCUCAGGUGAUAGCAUUGCACCACCCUGCUGCAUCUCAGGCCAGGAAAAGAUUAUUGGGCAUUUCUAGGAACCAGAUUUCUGCACUCUCUAGAUGGUAGAUAAGAAACAAAUUCAGUUAACUGUGAGGUGGGCAAUACGAAUUUGUACAGCUUUCUAAUUGAAGGAAGCUCUCGGUUUUCUUGGUUUUGGGGUUAGAGGCCCUUUGGGGAAAACACAUAGGAGUAUUUUGGGCAUUCUGGUUAUGCUGCCUUCACAGAAACACUCAAAAGUGACCUAAGUGGUUAUGAAGCAAAUACAUUCAUGGUGAAAACAGUCUUUGCUCAUCAUUUUCACUUGCUUCAUUGUGUAACAUGAUCAAGAUGACUUGAUUUUUUUUCCCCCCUCUUUAACAGUAUCCAUCCUUUUCAUUUAAACCAAAGGUGAAGCCAGUGUACUUUCUCAGUGAGUUCUCUGCAUAAAGACUAAUCAUUGGGACCAGGUAAAAAGGUCAUAUAUCGUGGAAAUUGGUUACUUAAUACUUUUGAAAAAUGGAGCAAGGGAGAAACUAUAAUGUUGCAAUAUGAACUUGCCAUUGGGCCUUCCGUAAGGAAAGCUGUGACUACUCUGAAAUGGAACUUAAAGUUAUAUCUUUGUAGGGUAAAUUAUAAAUCUUUUCCAGUUCAUUUCGUUGGAGGUGAUUACCUCUAGCCAUCAGCCUUACUCCAUCCCAUGUUUAGAAUGCAUUUUGAGCCACAAGGCCUAUGUUGCCAAUAGCUGAAUACAUUUUGUUCCAUUUUUCUAUCUUAGGGAGCCAUGAUAAAACUGUGGUAGUGAUCUAAAAAUUCUGGAGUAACUACUAUUUUUCCUCCUUUGAAACUAGUUUCUAAAGUUGCACCUAAGGAGUCUGUCACAUUUUCUGUUGAAUCAUGGUUUUUAAGUUUGCUUUUUUUUUAAACAAAUAUUCCUUCUGAUAUGGACUUGAAAAUUAGUCUAUGGUAACCUGUGUAAAAAACACAGUAGCAACUAACAUAUAGCCAUAUAGCUUACUGAGAAUUUUUUUCCUUUGUGUGAGUGAGUGAGUGUGUGU